AUGAUCCCCAAGAACUGGCAAGCCGUGCAAUGGGACAGUGGAUGCGGGGAUGGCCUCUUUAUAACCGUCAUGUAUCACGGCAAGCGUUUUCACGUAUCCCUACUUCCCCCCUCCUCCCCCGACACAAUCGAAGGACCUCUCAUCUCAAAAUUCGACUCCAUAGAUGAUGAAGACGAAGACGAAAUUCUAGCUGUCCAGGAAGAAAUUGAAAUACUCGUUUACGAAGCUGGGAGGUCAAUUUGGACUCGACUGGCUCCCCCACUUCCCGAUGGACCAGACCUCUCAGAUUUACACUCUCUUCUGUACCCGGAAACCUUUUCCUUCCGUUUCAUAACAAAUAAUGGGAAGGCGGAGUUGAUACCACAAGAAACUAAUGAAGCGCGCUAUCACCAUCUCUUUGGCAUAAAAAUCGUCAAUAACAUGGGAUUGCCUCAAUACUCAUCCAAAGAUAUCUGUGUACUGGAAACCAUCGUCGGGCAGGGCUACAUUUCCUAA